UAGGUGUCCUUAAAAGACACCCUCUGCCCUCAUCUUUUGUCUCUCUCCCUCGAGCCUGAAACCCACUUGCUAGGGUUUCCCUCUCUCUCUCUCUCCCAUCAAGAAAACCUACAGCCACACGCACAAUGAUGCAGCAACCAGGACCAGGAGGAGCCAUGCUACCCCAACAACAACAACCACCACAGCAAUACCAGCAACCUCCUUACAUGAUGAUGAUGCCGCCACCACCAAUGGCUCAAACCCAACCUCCACCACCACACAUGUGGGCUCAACAUCAGGCCCAUCAGGCUUCUAUUCCACCACCACAGCAACAACAGGGACAGGGACAACCUCCUGCUACUGCUGAUGAGGUCAGGACUCUUUGGAUUGGUGACUUGCAGUACUGGAUGGAUGAGAACUAUAUUGCUAGCUGUUUUGCUCAUACUGGAGAGGUUGCUUCUGUGAAAAUCAUUCGUAAUAAGCAAACUUCUCAAAUCGAAGGUUAUGGAUUUAUUGAGAUGACCAGUCAUGGGGCUGCAGAAAGGAUAUUGCAGACUUAUAAUGGUACCCCAAUGCCAAAUGGCGAGCAGAACUUUAGGCUGAACUGGGCUUCUUUUAGUGGGGGUGAUAAGCGUGAUGAUUCUCCUGACUUCACUAUAUUUGUGGGAGACUUGGCUGCUGAUGUUACAGAUUUCAUGCUCCAAGAGACAUUCAGGGCCCACUUUCCCUCAGUGAAGGGUGCAAAGGUGGUGAUUGAUAGGCUCACUGGACGCACAAAGGGUUAUGGAUUUGUUCGUUUUGGAGAUGAAAGUGAACAGCUACGUGCUAUGACCGAGAUGAAUGGGGCAUUUUGUUCGACAAGGCCUAUGCGAGUAGGGCUUGCUUCAAACAAGAAGGCUGUGGUUGGUCAGCAAUAUCCAAAAGCUUCAUAUCAGAAUCCUCAGCCUCAGAACGACGGCGACCCUAAUAAUACAACUAUAUUUGUUGGUAAUUUGGAUUCUAAUGUUAUGGAUGAUCAUUUGAAAGAACUCUUUGGCCAAUAUGGACAAUUAUUGCAUGUGAAGAUACCUGCAGGCAAGAGAUGUGGGUUUGUUCAGUUUGCUGACAGGAGCUCUGCAGAAGAAGCACUGAAAAUGUUAAAUGGAGCUCAGUUGAGCGGACAGAAUAUUCGAUUGUCAUGGGGCCGUAAUCCUUCAAAUAAACAGGCUCAGCCAGAUGCAAACCAGUAUGGUGGUGGAUACUAUGGAUAUGGACAACAGGGAUAUGAAAAUUAUGGGUAUGCCCCAGCUACUCAGGACCCCAAUAUGUACUACGGAGGUUAUCCUGGUUAUGGGAACUAUCAGCAGGGCCAGCAGCAGCAAGUAGGAUAUAGCUGAGAAGUCUUGGCAUGUCAUCGCCUAUCCUUGUAGUUUAUUAGUAGAAAGAUGGUGCUUUUCCCUUCUCAUCUUGUAUGCUUUUUGGAAGAAAACCAUUUCAGGCCGUGUUCUUCUCUUGCUGCAAGUACAAACCUCCAUUUUUAAAAAAAUUGUAAAACUAUUACCUUACUUGUUUAAGAUUUGUUAAGAGAGCUAUGCUAUUAUUAUUCUGUGUUUCA